AUGGACCUACUCGAGGGAGGCAUUGCUGAUGGCACGACCAGUCAUUGUCAUUUUCUAGAAGAAGACAGGCUUCGCUUCCUUGUACACGUCACCAAAGAAGAUAUCAUGACCUUCCUCAAGUGGAUACUGGACGUUUAUCCCAAAGUCCGGAAGAGAAGCACUUUGGAUGAAUACUGGAGAGUGUGGUGUAUGUUGUACCGAAAGUCGGUUGGGAAGAGUUUACAUGCUAAAGUCAUGGAGGAGGUCCGCGACGUAAGAGCAAAGAUGUGUUCAUCCGUGCGGGAAAAGCCAGUCAUGGACGUAGACGACGUGUUUCUUGUCCUCCAUCACUGGGUUCUAGACACAUCGGUCUUCCCGGUCGAACGACAACGACUCCAGCUCGCUCUCUUGCUUCUUCUCUCUGCGUACACAGCAACGAGGCCGGCUGCCUUGGUGUACAAGGUGACCGAUCGAAUUAAAUAA